GCGAGCGGGCGAUGGCGCCGCGGGCUGGCCAGGCGAGCGCGGGGCCCUGACGCCGCGGCGGCGGGAUCGCGGAAGGAGGCGGCGAGGGUGGCGUCGUGCCGUUCCUUGGGCAGGUGAGCGUGGUAGGCUAUGGGAUGGAUGAGGCUGAGCAGGACCAGUACGAAGCCCAUCUCAAACAGCUCUUUGACAGCUUUGAUGUCACCGGCACUGGCUCCCUGGGGCGAGAGGAACUGACGGAACUCUGCCACGUCUUGCAUCUGGAGGAAGUUGCCCCGGGAGCUCUGCAGCGGACCCUUUUGCGGGACGAUCUCCCAAGCCGGGUCCACUUCGACCAGUUUAAAGAAGCACUAAUCCUCAUCUUGUCCAGUACAUUAACAAAUGAAGACUCCUUCCAGCAACCAGAUUCUUCACCAGAAGCCCAACCCAAAUACAUCAAGGGUGGGAAACGCUAUGGAAGGCGAUCCGUGCCAGAGUUUCAGAAACCCGUGGAAGACUUUGCAGAGGUGACGGUGAUUGACCCUCUGAACGAGGAAGCUCAGCCCACACGCAUCUCCAGCGAUGACUGUGACGAGCGUUGGAGAUCCCAAGACAGCGAGGAAUAUGAAGCUGAAGGCCAACUGAGGUUUUGGAAUCCUGAUGACUUGAACGCAUCGCAAAACGUCUCCCCCACUCAGGACUGGAUAGAAGAAAAACUGCGCGAAGUGUGCGAGAAUCUUGGCAUCUCCAGAGAUGGCCACCUGAACAGGAAGAAGCUGGUCUCCGUUUGUGAGCAAUACGGAUUGCAGAAUAUCGACACGCAGGUCCUGGAGGGCGUCUUCCACAACCUUGAGCCCAACGACGGCACGAUGAGCAUCGAAGACUUUUUCUACGGCUUGUUCAAAAUCGGGAAGCCUCUACCCCCGUCUGCCUCGACCCCAUACAGGCAACUCAAGCGGCACCUCUCCAUGCAGGCCUUCGAUGAAAGUGGGAGACGGACCACCGCACCCUCAGCAAUGACAAGUACAAUUGGAUUCCGGGUAUUCUCCAGCCUGGAUGAUGGAUUGGGUUUUGCUGCGGUGGAACAAAUCCUCGAUGCCUGGCAUGAAGAAGGAAUAGAGAACAGUCAUGAGAUCUUGAAGACCUUAGAUUUCAACUUGGAUGGGAAAAUCAACCUGACGGAACUCACCCUGGCCCUGGAGAAUGAGCUGGUCAUAGCAAAGAACGGGAUAUAUCAGGCAGCGCUGGCCAGUUUCAAAACGGAGAUCCGCCAUUUGAUGGAACGAGCUGACCAGGUUGCCAGGGAAAAGGAGAAGCUGCGCUUGGACUUGGAGAAAGCGGAGAAGCUGACGUCGCGCAUGGCAUCCGAAGUGGAUGACCGCCAUGCGGCCAUUGAGCACCAAAAUGAAUACAACCUAAGCAAGCUGGAUGAGGAGUACAAGGAACGGGUUGCUGCUCUCAAAAACGAGCUCCGGAAAGACCGAGAGCAGAUCCAGCUGCAGGCCGGCAAGCAGCGGGCGGACCUGGAGCAGGAGAUGGAGAAGCUGAAGACCGAAGAGAACUACCUCCGGGACCGCCUGGCUCUCACUCUGAAGGAAAACAGUCGCUUAGAGAAUGAACUCCUGGAGACCGGAGAGAAGAUGGUGAAGUACGAAAGCGUGAUCAGCAAACUGCAGAAGAACUGGGAGAAUGUCCUGGCGGAGAAAUUCGGCGAUCUCGAUCCCGGCAGCGCCGAGUUCUUCCUGCAGGAGGAGCGGCUGAUGCAGAUGAAGAACAAAUACGAGCGGCAGUGCAGGGAACUCCAAGAUCAAAUAGAUGAGCUUCAGUCUCAUCUGGAAGAGUAUCAGGCUCAAGGCAGAGUGGUCCGGCCUUCGCUGAAGAACUCUCUCUUUGAGGAGCUAAAUGAUGAUGGCGGAGUUGAGAGCGACCAAGAGCCCGGCUCUGAGGAUUGCGACCGGCUAAACAUGAGCAUAGAAGCCGAAAUGCUGAUCGAGCAAAUGAAAGACCAGCACCAUCGAGACCUCCGCAACUUACAAGAGGACCUGGACACCACGAUGUGCCAUUAUGAGAAGCAGCUGGAGGAGGCCAAGGCCCGCUGUGAGUCGGUGCAGGAGCGCCUCCAGGGGCAGCACAGCCAGGAGAGACAAGCCCUGGAGCAGCAGAUCGAGCAGCUGCAGGCCCAUGCGUCCGAGCUGCAGGGAGAGCUAGCCAGGCUCCGGGAGGAGACCGACUCCCGGCAGAGUGCAGGCAGGAGCCAGCUGGAGGAGGAGGAGGAGGAGGAGGAGGAGAAGGCCAGGCUGGUGGCACACCUGAAGUUCCAGCACGAGGAGGAGCUCCAGGCCAGGCUGGAAGAGGCGCGGGAGGAUUUCAGCCGUGAGCGGGAAGAGAUGAUGCAGGCCGGGGUUUUGAUGGAAGGGAAGAGGCAGGCCCUGGCGCAGAGCCUUCAAGAAGAGAAAGCGGAGCUGGAAGACGGUUUCCGCCAGCAGCUGCAAAGGCUGGUGGAGAAGCACGCCCUGGAGAAGGAUCAGCUCCGGCAAGACUUGGCAGGGAAGCAUCUGCAGGCGCUCCAGGAGCAAAGGACAAAAAUGGAAAGUGAGUUUAACGGAAGACUGUCUCGGACAGAGGAGCAGUUCGCAGUUGACCGUCAGGCGCUGGCGAGCAAGUAUGGAGAAGCCAUCAAAGGACUUGAGGAACGCUACCAGCGCGAAUUGCGCGCACUCUCUGAGCUGCAGGGGGAGGAGAAAUCCCAGUGGGAAUUUGAAAAGGAUGAAAUGGCCCAAGAAGGCGCGGAGGCACAGGAGAGGUGGAAAGAGAUGCUGGAGAAGGAGAAGGCGGCUGCAGCAGCCCUUGCCCAAGAGAAGGAACGCCUGGAGAAGGAUUUCAAGGAGUGCGUGAACUCCUUGGUGUUUGAGAAAGAGCUGCUUCAGAAGCAGCUGCAGGACGCGGAGGAGCAGGCGGGUGAGCUGCGGGAGAGGCUGCGGCGACUCCAAGCCAGCCACGAGCAAGAACUCAAGAGAAGCGAGGAGGAAAUGUCUGCCAUGCAGGGAGAUCAGAAGCUGGAGACGGAGUUUGUCCACGAGAGGGAAGAGCUGAAUUCCAGGCUGGUCUCUUUGGAGCGUUCCAAGCGAGAGGCGCUCAGCAGAGCAGCCGCCGAGGAAAGAGAGUUGAGGUCAAACGUCUUGAGGCUCAAAGGGGAAAUUGAAGCGCUCCAGCAGGAAUUGCAGCACCUGCCCAAAGUGCAAAAGAAUUUAGUUUUUUUGAGCAAAGAAACACAAACGCACGGGGGUGAUUCCCCAGGGCCUGCCAAAUCCCAGGAGCCAGGAGAGGUGAUAGAUGUUCUGUCAAACCAGGAGGAGGUUCUAGAGCCCGCCGUCGACAGUGAUGUGGCAGCUCUCUCUGUGACGGGCGAGUUCCUGGAAGGGCCCAGGAGAGAGGCAAGUCCCUGCCCUGGCUUCAUCCCGUUGCUCCCGGAAUCAUUUGUGGACUCUCGCCUCCUAAACAUGACCGAUCAAGUCGGCCGUCCAGCAAAAUCAGAAGACAGGAUUAAAACGUCUGAUGGGAGUGUGUGUCCGGGGGUGGAAGUGGAAGGAACAAUCCUUGAAGAAACCAUGGAGACUUCGCUGGUCUUGGAGAAGGCCUGGGAAGACAUUUGGGCGGAGAACGAAGCCCUCAAACGUCAGCAGCUCCGGCUUCAGGAACGGAUCGCCCUGCUGGAGGCGGAGUGCGACCGGGCAGCUCACGACCGGCAAGACAUGGCUUCCCAGGUCCAGAAGGAGCUGGAGGAGAUCUUGAAGACCAUCCCCCAGCCGAACGCUUUGCCCUGCGGAAGCGACGGGAGCGAGGAAAGGUUCCACUGGGAAGCGGCGGACAUCGCGAACCUGCGCGCGGACGGAACGGCAGGGAGCAAAACGUCCUUUGCGGAAGCUGAACUGACCGCCGCGGAGAUGAGCUCUGGUUGUCUGCCGCUCGGAAUGAGCCACGGGGAAGCCGUUGGGGCUGAGAAGGGGGAGCUGGAAGUUCUGGGGCUGGAGCUGUGGGGCACGAGGGCAGAGAAAGACGCAAGUUCCGGAGUGCAGCCCGAGGGUCUGCGAUUGCCGGAGGACCUCAAGCUGGAGAACCGGGUCCUGAAAGCCGAGAUGAUCAAGCUGCUGGAACGGAACAACAAAUUGGAGGGCUCCCUACCGAGACUGAUCAGCCUGCAGUGCAGGCUGGACGAGAUCGACCGAGAAAGCCUGAGCCUGAAGGAGGAAAACCUGCAACUGCUGGAACAAGUCAGGGAGCUGGAAGGGGGCCGCGACCGGCUUGCCGCGGAGAACGCCGAGCUGCAGGGCGCCAAGCUGGUCCUGCAAAGCCAGCUGGGGAAGCUGGGAGAGUUCGCGGCGAAUCCGAAGGGCUCGAGGCAGGGGCGGCCCGGCCGCGGCGAAGAUGUGGCCAAGGAGGCGGCGGAGGCAGAGAAGAAGGGCCUUCACGAGCUGAACAGGAAGCUCAAGGAGAAGAUCGCAGCGCUGCUGAAGCAGAAGGGCGCCCACGCGCAGGAGAAAGACGGCUUGAAGGCCGCCCUGCGCGGCUUGCAGAGCGCCUGCGGUGAGCAGCGGCAGAAGGUCGAGCUCUUGAGAUGUGAGGUUGAGCAACUCAUAGAAGAAAACAUUGCACUGAAGAAUGAGGUUGCCUUCUUACGUGAGGAAGGGAGCAUUUCCAACCUGAGAUUGAGGGAUCUUAGCGGGUCUCGAGAAGAACUCUGGCAAAAGGUAGAGGCUGUACAGAAAGAGAAAGUGGCAGUGCAGAAGAUGGCUGAGAAUUUGAAGAAGCAGGCAUCUGAGCUGAAAGCCAGGAAUCAGCAGCUGGAGCUGGAAAACGCCGAACUUGGCCGCAAAAGCUCCCCAAAUCAGGCAGACGCGCAGGAUCUUAACCAGCGGUUCAUGAGGAUGCUUCGGCAGAAGGAAAAGGUGACCGGGAGGUGUGUGGCGGAAGAAUGGGGGAGAGAGAGCCCCCGGCUCAAGGAAGAACUGGAGAACUGUAAAAUCCAGUCUUCGACGCUGGUCUCAUCCUUGGAGACGGAGCUGUCUCAGCUCAGGGUUCAAGCCCGGGCUUUGGAGCAGGAGAACCACGUCCUCAAGGAAGAACGGGAGAAAGUAAAGCAGCUGCCCAGAUGCCCAGAUCUCUCCGACCUCCAGAACGAGAUUUCCAGCGUCAUUGUGAAAAACGAGAAGCUGCUGAAGGAGAAGGAGGCCCUCCGCGAAGAGCUGAACAGAUGUGUAGAGAAGGUAGCUAAAGCAGCCUUCUUGGAGAGUCUCGUUGCUUCCUUGAAACAGGAGAAGUCAUCUUUGGAGCACCAGAACCAGUCUCUGAAGACCCAGAUUGCAGCGUCUCAAGACAAGAUCCAGAGUUUUGAUGACGCCGUACAGAACAUCAACCUUCAGGUCUCCAGGCUCAAGUCAGACCUCCGGGUAUCCCAUCAGGAGAAAGAAGUUAUGAAGCAGGAGGUGGGGUCGCUACACAAACAGCUGCAGACGGCCAACGAGAAGAACCGGGCCCUGGAAGCCGCCGUGCACUCGGCAGGGCUGCAGAGCCAGCAGAAGAAGCUGUGUUGGGACGAACUGGUCAGGCAAGAGCAGCAGCUGCUGAGGCAGGAGAAUGAGCGGCUCCAGCAGGAGGUCCAGAGCGCCAAGUCGGAUCUCAUGAAUUCCAGGGAGAAGAUACGGCAGCUGGAAUCCACCAUCCUGACCCUGAAGCACCCGAAAAACCAAAGCCAGUCGGGGCUUGUGAAAGCCAUCGAGCAGGACAAGCUGAGCCUGAAGAGAGAAUGUGAGCGGCUGCAGAAGGAGCUGACCUCAGCCAACCGGAAGAUCAGUCAAAUGAAUUCGCUUGAGCGUGAGCUGGAAAGCAUCCAUUCGGAAAACGACGGCCUCAGGAAAAAGCAGGUCAAACUGGAAGAGCAGGUGAUGGAGCUGCUUCACUCGAGCUCCACCAUGAUGCUUAGCCCAUCCCAGCAUCCUCGCGAACUGCAGCCGGGCUGCACCGUGGUACCCUGGGAACAAUACCAGCAGCUCCAGCACCAGUUCCUGCAGGCCGAGCGGCAGUGCCAGCGGCUGCAGGAGGAGCUGGACACUCGGCCCUUGGACACGAACAUGCCCCAGGGCGAACAUGCGCAGCUGCUAAACGCCAUGGAGCAGCGCAUGAUGGAAGUUGAGCAGCAGCUGAGGCUUGUGAAACGGCUUCUCCAAGACAAAGUCAAUCAGCUGAAAGAGCAGCUCGCGAAGAACACCAAAGCCGACGAAAUGGUCAAAGACCUCUACGUGGAGAACACCCAGCUGCUGAAAGCCCUGGAGAUGACCGAGCAGAGGCAGAAGACGGUAGAGAAGAAGAACUACUUGCUUGAAGAAAAGAUCGCCAAUCUCAGCAGGAUCGUCAAGGGCCUGACCUCGCCGACUUUGGGGGCCGCAGCUCAGCUCUGCUCGUAGCAAAGCCUGGCUGGCUGGCCGGCCGGCCGGCCGGCGUCCACACAUCGCAUGCACUUUAUUGAAACGUGAAGGCUUCAUCUGUUGUAACGGGGUCUUGUGAAUGUUGGUGGCGGUGGCUGUGCUCAGGGCUGUGCAUUCUCUGCCCCAAGGAUGCCUCAGUUCUGUUCUCAAAGGUGCAUAAUCCAUAUGAGCACAGAGGGCACAUUUUACAGGACACUGCUCCGUUGUCAUGCCUUACUUAUGCUCUCCUCGUUUUACUUGCUGGCUAGCUGAGGAGUGGCGUGGAUCUCCUCCCCAUCUACCCAGCGCAAAGGCAGAGCUCCUGGAUCAUCUGGGCACGGCUGAUGCCUGGUGGCCCUUUGCACUGUGAGCACACUUUGGCGGACGGAGCCCGGCUCCCCACCCCCAAAGGGAAGGAUGGCCCAAAGGUUCUUAGAGAAGCAUCUCGAAAGAGCCCUGCUGAACCAAACCAAAGACCCAUCUAGUCCGGCGUUCUGUUCACACAGUUGCCAACCAGCUGCUCCUAGGUAACCUCCAAGCAGGAUCUGAGUGGAACAGCACCCUCCCACCCAUGUUCCCCAGCAACUGGUAUACAGAGGCAUCUUGCCUCUGAUCCUGGAAACAGUUCUCUAGUGGCCAUUGACAGCCUUAUUGUCCAAUCCCCUUUUAAAGCCAUAUAAGUUGGUGGCCACCACUACAUCUUGUGGUAGUGAAUUCCAUCAUUUAACUAUGCGCAGUGUGAAGACGUCCUUCCAUUUCUCUGCGCAGAAUCUUUUUUUGUAUCUGUUCUGAAUCUCCCACCAUUCAGCUUUCCUGGGAUGACCCCGUUGGCUUCUAGUAUGAUGGGUCCGGCCCCGGGAGCUGCUACAGAAGGGGAGAGCAACUUGCGACCUUGCAGAUAUUGUUGGACUGCAAUUCCCAUCAAUCCUAACCAGCACGGUCGACGAUGGGGCUGAUGGGAAUUGCAGUUCAACAACAUCCGGAGGGCCCCAUGAUACCCAAUCUUGUCCUACAGCUGGCAUUCACAGUCAGCUGUUGAGGGAGGGGGAAUAAUGAAAUUCCUGCUUCAUUUGCAAAGAUCUCAGGUAGCCGUCUUCAGUAUGGAAGCACCAUGUGGUCAUAUGAUCAUUACAGCUCAUGAUAAUUACAAACUUCCUGACUGUUAGAGCAGUACGACAAUGGAACCAGUUACCGAGGGAGGUGGUGGGCUCUCCCACCCUAGAGGCCUUCAAGAGGCAGCUGGACAAGCAUCUGUCAGGGAUGCUUUAGGGUGGAUUCCUGCAUUGAACAGGGGGUUGGACUCGAUGGCCUUAGAAGCCCCUUCCAACUCAACAAUUCUAUGAUUCUAUGAACAUCCUGAUUUGGCUCCCCUUCAUACACAGAGACUUUAUUAAGUUUUGGACUUAAACCCCUGAUCAUCCUGGAGGGCAACCAGGAUGAGCAGUGGUCUGGAAACAAAGCCCUAUGAAGAGAGACUGAAAGAACUGGGCCUGUUUAGCUUGGAGAAGAGAAGAUUGAGGGGCGACAUGAGAGCACUCUUCAAAUACUUGAAAGGUUGUCACACAGGGGAGGGCCAGGAUCUCUUCUCGAUCCUCCCAGAGUGCAGGACAUG